UAUGCACGAGCACGUUACUGUCCGUCUGCACUAAUUGCGUAUUACUCUAUAGUUAUUUUGAUAAUUAGUGAACUACGAUAAUUAUACAUUGCUUUUUUCUUGUAGUAAAUGUUAGAAAUAUUAUGAUCAUAAUAAUAGAUUAUCAUGUACCAAAUCGAGUUAAUUGAAAACGUUUCAUUACGAAUAUACGUUGUUUUUCUAAUGAACAGAAAUUGCACAUGAUAAAGCAGUUUUAAAUCUGCUCUCAUAGCAUAUAUUUGUUCUGUAAUAAUUUCGCUGCAUCCGUUAUUAUUAUACUUCAUUGCAGAUUACAAUCAUGUCCUCGCAGAAAAUUUCAACUCCUAUCCCUUUACCUGUUGACAAGUUGCCAGAAUGUUGGAAUCAAGAAGAAAGAAUGAAAUCUUUGUUUGCUCCAUUUCGCAGUCGCUCUGUCAACCCUGAAGAUUGGAGUUCUAAGUACAAAUUUUGGAAUCAGUUGAUUAAAACUUGGGCAAUCUACAAUGCCCAAUGUAGCAUUACAAUGAGUGAUUUGAAUCUAAAUUUUAAGAGAGAUGGAGUCACAGCUUUAUGCUUACCAACAGUUUUACAAGAACUUUACAAAAAUGGUGAAGUUAUAUUGGAAUCAGAUUUUUUAAAAGAAUCUAGUAGCACAUGGACAGGAUGGACCAUUGAUAUAUUCGUAAAGAAACCGGUAUCUUGGUCUUUUUCAAAGUUAAAAAGUUACAUUUCUGAACCAAUCUUUGAUACUAAUGCAAGGUAUAUUCAUAUUGCUACUGUAAAAGAACUAGCACAAUUGAUAUUAUCUACAAUUGAUAGUAAAAAAGAAAAUACUUUAUUAUCGUUGAGUGAGCUUACAAAAAGUUGCAUAGAGAAAAGUGGAAACAAUAGAAUUACAGAAAGUAAUAUCAAAUUAGCAUUGAUUUAUUUGAGACACACAAAAAAAGCUACGUUUAGAGAUUGCCAAGAAAAUGACAAACAGGAAUUACUUGUUAAAAUUUCUCCAAAAAGUGCAGAAGAAGUGACAGAAAUUGAUGAAGGAAUUCAUAAGCUUACUCAACAAGAGAGUAUGCUAAUAAAAAACAUCGAACAACUAGAAGUUGAAAGAAAUGAAGUCAUAACGAAAGCAAAAUCAUCCUUAGCAAAUGGUUUGAAACAAGUAGCCAAGAGUCAUUUACGAAAGAAACAUGAACUUGAUAAAUGCAUUGAAAAGCGAAGUGCAGCAUUACAAAAUGUUCAAAGGCUUUUGGUCAGAAUUCAUGAUGCUUGCUAUGAUACAGAUACAUUGGCAGCAUAUAAAGCUGGCUGCAAUGCUUUAAAGAAGUUUGAGGAUACUGGUUUGAGUGAAAGUCAUGUACAGGACACUAUGGAUGAUAUGUCUGAUAUUUUGGCUGAACUCAAUGAAGUGCAAUCUGUGAUGACACAACCUGUACAUAUUUCUGAGUCAGACUCUGAAUUGGAAAAAGAAUUGACUGAGAUAAUGGGAAGUGCUUGGGAUAAUCCGAAAGAAGAUGACAAGAAAAAGCCUUUAUCCUUCAAUUCGUUUGAAUUACCUAAUUUGUCAGAAUUAGAUUUACAUGAUUUACCAGAACCUAAAAAUAAAGUACUUGUAAAGCCAUCGUAAUCUCAAACGUAAAGAACUGUUAAAGGUAAAACUGACUUAUUAUCAACUGUAACUUAUUUAUUAAUCCUUUUUAUUUGAAAAUUUGAAGCAAUGAUUUGAAGUAAAAUCUUAUCACAAUGACUACUUUUAGAAGAAAUAGCUGGUUAAGGAGAAAAUGAAAAAUAUUUUCAAACAGAAAACAUGUGCUUAGUUAUCAAAACAAUAUAGUUUUGACUUUAGUUCCAUUUAUUUAUUUAAUAGUAGUUAAUAUAUAUAGAAAAAUAUGUUUUAUAAGCAAGGGAUGUUAAGCUAAUUAUUUUUUUGUUUUUUGAACCAUUUUAUGUAACUGGAUACUCAUAUGUAAAAGCAUUAAAAGUGUUAUUUGCCGAUUCAAUUCCUCCACUACUAAAUUUUUACAUAAAACGUUUUGAAGUAGUUAUUAAAGUAGUGUAUAUUCAAACAACUUUUUAUAAAGAUGCAUAGAUUUUAGAUUGUGAUAUUCUCAUCGAAAUGAUCAAAGGGGUCAACAUUGCCGUUACAGAUCUCGCCAUUACUAAUACGUUAAUCAUUGUCGCACUUGUACGUGUUUGCAUUGGUCGCUUCGCUUCCAUCACCACCACAAUAUCGUACGUCUCGGAAGAUUCUCGUCACUCUUGUCACUGUAAUCUUUUCCUUACACGUCAAAACAUUCAAUUCAACCAUUGCAGAUAAAUAUUUUCUGGAUGCAUUAGCCAUUCAAACAAAACUCGUUCAGACAAAAAUUUUUUUUAAUUAUGAACUUUUUUCAUUUCUUAGACAGUGAUAAGCGUAUUAAAGACCGUUAAAUUUAGCGUUAAGGUAUAAGAUAUUGUUAAUUACAUUAAUGGCUAAGUUUAUGAUGCAAUCAGAAUCAUUUUCACGCAAUAGAUUAUGGAACCGUUCAUUAAUUUACCAACAAUGAAGAUGAGAUUUUUGAAAUCGCUCAAUGUUAUUGAUUUAUAUUGCCGCUUUGACUGUCGCAAUCUUAACAUGUGCUACACAAAAAAUGUACGUUUUUGCAUUGUUUAAUGAUGAUUAUAGUAUAAUUUUUAUCUGAAUUUACCAAGUUAUCGAGUAAAUUUUUCGUGUACUGUUUGAAAUCGAAUAACGAAAUAUAUGAAUAAUAUUUAUAAUUUAUUUUGCCUACAUAUAUAUAC